AUGAAGACACUUGAAGAAGAAGCUUCACUUCUUCAAGAUUACGUCAGCGAUUCCGUCGACCACCGUGGAAGUCCCGCCGCAAAAUCAUCCACCGGCGGAUGGAGAUCCGCCUGGUUCAUCAUAGGUGUUGAAGUUGGAGAGAGGUUCGCUUACUUUGGAAUAGCUUGCAACUUGAUAACUUACCUCACCGGACCACUCGGACAAUCGACGGCGACCGCCGCCGUGAACGUGAACACGUGGUCGGGAACCGCCUCCAUGCUUCCUAUUUUAGGAGCUUUUGUAGCAGACGCUUAUCUUGGUCGUUACCGUACAAUUCUUGCAGCUUCCCUCAUCUACAUUCUGGGACUAGGACUAUUAACAUUUUCAGCUUCCUUGAUCCUCACGGGAGAAUCAGAGCAGCGCAUCAAUGUUUCUGCUAAACCCUCUUUCUCGUUUGACUCGGAAGAUACAAAGGAAGUAAUCUCGAGAGGAUCGUUUUUCAACUGGUGGUUCUUGAGUUUAUCUGUUGGGAUAAGUUUAUCGAUCAUAGUGGUUGCGUACGUUCAAGAUAACGUUAGCUGGGCGUUUGGGUUUGGGAUCCCUUGCUUGUUCAUGGUUAUGGCUCUUGUUAUGUUCUUGCUCGGGAGAAAAUCUUACAGAUACCCUAAGGGAAACCGCGAGGAGAGCAGUAAUGCUUUUGCAAGAAUCGGUAGAGUUUUCUUGGUGGCGUUUAAGAACCGGAAACAGAGUUUAGCAGGGUCCGGUUUAGGACAAGGUCUCUUGGAAGAUGGUCAGUUCGUGAAACAUAGCGGUCGGCUUGAUUUCCUAGAUAAAGCGAUGAUUGCAAGGGAAGACGGUGCAGAGCCAUGUAGUGGUAGGGAUGUGGAAGACGCGAAGGCUUUGGUAAGGCUUAUUCCGAUAUGGAUCACAUCGGUGGUGAGUACUAUUCCGUAUGCUCAGUUCAUGACUUUUUUCACUAAGCAAGGUGUUACGGUGGACAGAAGAAUCUUACCGGGUUUGGAAAUCCCUGCGGCUUCUUUGUUAUCAUUCAUCGGUGUAUCGAUUCUCAUCUCUGUCCCGUUCUACGAGCAUGUGUUUCUACCCUUAGCUAGAAUGAUUACCAAAAAGCCUUUUGGGAUCACAAUGCUCCAGAGAAUAGGAGUUGGGAUGGUGCUUUCGAGUUUUAACAUGGUGCUCGCUGCAUUGGUGGAAACUAAACGGCUCAAUAUCGCUAGGGAACAUGGGCUCGUGGACAAGCCGGACGUGACGGUUCCAAUGUCCAUAUGGUGGUUUGCUCCUCAGUAUUUGCUACUCGGGAUGAUCGAUGUGUUUUCUUUGGUGGGAACACAAGAGUUCUUCUACGACCAAGUCCCAACGGAGCUAAGGAGCAUUGGUCUCUCGCUUUCUUUGAGUGCAAUGGGACUUUCAAGCUUCUUAAGUGGUUUGCUCAUCACUGUGAUUGAUUGGGCUACUGGAAGAAAUGGUGGAGAAAACUGGUUCAACACUAACCUGAACCGAGCCCAUGUUGAUUACUUUUACUUGUUGCUGGCCGCUUUCACGGCCACUGCUUUCAUUGCGUUCUUGUUCAUCUCCAAGUUGUAUGUGUAUCGUCACCAAGUCUAAGAAUUCACAAAACAAGUUUUUUUUGACAUUCAUAAUGAUAGUUGUGGUUCUAACUUGUAAGUUAUAACGUCC